CGUUCACCCAUGAGAGCUGGUGCGCAGAAGCGGAGUGCGGUCAGAUAUAGACAAUUUUCCACAAGCUGUACACUAUACAAUCGAAUGUUUACUCCUAUUUCUCGCAAGACUGCUUUAGAGGAUAUCCUGCGUCCAUGGUCGGCACCGACGACAUAUUCAAUAAACUCGGACCAUGGCACUACCCGUUGUUGGCCUUCUGCUUCCUGCGGGGUUUUCCUGCUGCCUACCACGCCAUGGCGCCAACGUUCACCGCGCCACAGCUAAAUCACUGGUGCGCGAAGCCUUCACAACUGGCAAACUGGUCCACGGAGCGGUGGCUCGAAAAUGCAGUGCCCUGGGAGGAACGAAAAGGAUCUCAGAAACGAAGCCAGUGCGAGAUGUACGUCUACGAAGAAGGCGCCGAUGGCUCAAUCACAUUUUUUAACAACAGCCGAGUGAAGUGUUUGGCCUGGGAGUACGACCUCGGUGACAACACAUACACCCUAACAGACACGUUCGAUUUGGUGUGCGAUCGUGUCUGGCUCCGUACAGCGUCGCAAAGCAUUUACAUGGCGGGAAUUAUGAUUGGAAAUACAGUGUUUUCCCAUCUGUCUGACUGGUACGGCCGAAGGCAGUCGCUGCUCUUGUCGAUGCCCUUGCCCAUCGUGGCGGGUCUGCUUACAACGUUUGCACCAACUUUUUGGUUAUACAACAUUGGACGCCUCAUUGCGUCUAUUGGUGUCGGCGGCAUCCAAAAUGCCACGUUUACUAUAGCAAUGGAGGUGCUUUCUACCCGCCACCGAGCUAUAGGCAUGCUGGUGGCUAGCGGUGGAUGGACUACGGGCCUCGUCACCCUGACUGGCAUCGGGUGGCUCAUAAGGGACUGGCAGCACAUGCAGAUCGUCAUAUCGCUAUCCUACUUGGUCAAUUUUUUCCUAUGGCUGUUCAUACCGGAGUCUCCACUGUGGCUGCUGGCUACGAAGCACUACAAGAAAGCAGAGAGUAUCCUGAAAAAGGCCACCACAAAAAACAACGUUGGUAGCGUUGACGUGAACCAAAUUAUAAAAUUCUACGAGGACAAGAUGGAGAGUGAGCGCACACUGAAGAAGCCUACUUUUGCCGCUCUGUUUCGUUACCGGUGUUUACGCAGGACGUCGAUUAUCCUGUCCUUCAAAUCAAUAUUUUCGACUCUGCUCUACUACAACUUGACCUACACCAGCAUACUCUUGGGCACCAAUCCGUACCUGAGCUUCUUCCUGAUGGCUUGCAUGGAGUAUCCUCAGAAAUUCAUCGCCAUAUUUUUCAUCAAUUCCAUGAAGCGUCGUACCGCCUACGUCUUCCUCUACGCCUCCGCGGCGUUGUGCUCACUCGCCAUCAUCUUCAUUCCGUCAGGAAUAUGGUGGUUGCAGCUGCUAUUUAUGCUCAUCACGAAGGUCUUUACCUCGUGUGCUAGUUCCGUGAAUCAUGUCCAGAUAUCAGAAAUGUACCCAACCCAGGUGAGGACGCUGGCUUCAGGAUGGUCAGUGACCACGAGUCGAGUGGGUGCCAUUGUGGCACCAUUCACGAAAGAAUUGGCCGUAAUAAUAGGACCAUGGGCUCCCAAAGCAGUGGACUGCACAGUGUGCGUGCUGUGUAUACUUUUGUCCCUAAUGCUACCAGAGACCUUCAAGAUGACGCUUCCGGACACUGUUGAUGACGUCAAAAGAAGAAGCACGAAGAAUGCCUCGAAAACAAAACCAGAUGGCCUGGACAAAUUAAACGAAGAAUUUCUUUGCGUAACUGCUACUGAAGAGCAGGAUGCCAUUCAGAAAUUGUCACAGGACGGAGAAAGGAGGCCAUGAUGAGCAAGUACAGCGAAAGACAACUAAUUCACAAGUAUUUGUGGGCAUGUCAUGCGACUGACGUGAAAAAAAGAAACAGAACGCUACUGUGAAGAGGUGCUAUAGCUAAGACAUCACAUACAACUAUUUCCAGAAGUGUAUCUAAGGAAAUUUUUUUACUGACACCUAAAGAGUUGUUAAGCCAAUACGACCAGUGCAAUAAACAUUGGUUUUAGUAAUUC